AUGAGGGAGUACGAGAUGGAGACCACGUUCGACGUGCCCGCGCGGACCUUCCUCCGCGUCGUGUACGGAGACGACGGCUUCUUCUUCCGCCGCUUCCAUCACGAGACCGGCGAGUGCCCCGACGCGUCGGUGCCCCCUUGGACGGCACGAUCGUCCGGCGAUGCGACGCGCGUGGUGGUGUUCACCAAGACGAUGUCGCUUCCCAGCGUCAUCGAGCGGCUGCUGGGCAGCGGAACGUCGAUGGCCACGCUGCGCUUCGAGGAGACGCAGACGUUCGCGUGGGAUCCGGCGACGUCCACCGCGUGCGUUCGCUCGACCCCCACGCUCGUGUCCCCUCGCAGCGAAUCGUUCCAGACGGAGGUGGCGGUGUACGUGUGCCCCGACGGCGAGGACCCGACGCGCAGGUGCGCGAUGCGCGCCGUCAUAAAAGUCACCGCGAGCGGCACCUGGGCCCUCCAACCCGUCGUGGAGAAGCUGAUGGAGACGCGGGCGAGCGCGAGCUUCCGCGAGUGGGUCCGGUUCGCCGAUGCGUUCCUCGAAGAAAACUACGGCGGGUCGCACGUCGGGGACCGGCCGUUUCCAAAACUGAGCGCGAUGCCGGGCGGGGAGGAAGACGCGGUGGUGCGCGGCAUCGCCCCGGCCCCCGCGACGACGACGCCGCCGUCCUCGUCGCACGCCGCACUAAACGCCGCGACGGAGGAGGAGGAGUUCCCGAGCAGCCGCCCAAGGUUUAGCGGCGAGGAAACGCCGGGCGCAUCCGCAUCAUCCGACUUUGAAACCGACGACGACGACUUCGACGACGCGCGGUCGGUCGGAAGCACGUCGUCGUUCCACAGCGUCAGGUCCGCCGCGUCGUCGUUCGGGUCCGGCGUCGGGAGCUGGUUCGGUCGGCGGUCCUCGAGCGGCGGCGGGACGGAUGGGGGGGGCGAUCGGGAGGCGGGUGAAAAUAACCAAAACGGAUUCGACGUCGGGUCUCCGGCGCCGCCGUCGCGGACCCGAUCGCUGCCCGCGUCCCCGUCCCCGGGUAUCCCCGGGGACGGCACCGGGGUGAAGACGGCACCGGGGAAGAAUCGGCCGAAACGGUCGGGUUCGGUCCCGCCCGGAGUCGAACCCGGGUCGAGUGGAACGACCCCGAGCGGCGUGCCCGAGAUCUCCAGCCGGCCGCGAGCGGACGACGCCUUCGCCAACUCGUGGUUCAUGCAGACGGUCCUGAAGGACCUCGCCGCGCUGCGCGCCAGGGACGAAGACACCGGCAGGCUGCUGGCGUCGCUGGAGGAGAACGUGUGCGCCGUCAGGGCGGAGAACGCGUCGCUGAGAGCGGAGGUGAGGAGGCUCGUCAACGGGGCGGGCGGCGCCGGGGCGGCGAACAGAUCGCCGUCGAUUCGGGGUUCGCUGCGCGCCAGAGCGGACGGAAAGGACGCGUUCGACCCGAUGGGGGGCGGCGGGGAUGUCGCGAGCGGGACGUGGGUCGCCGCGAGGUGGGUCACGGGGCUCGGUAUCGCCGUGGGCGUCGGAUACGUCGCCGGCCAGGUGCUCGCGAGAAACUCCAAAACGUGA